AUGUGGGUGCGCAUUGUGGCUCUGGAGCGCUACAAAGGCUUUCGCGGCCGGCGGCUGGCACAGGCUGGCAGCGAGCAGGCGGCCUCGAUCAUCCAGCAGCAGCAGCAGCAGCAGGUGCCUGCCACAGCCAACCAGACGUCUGAGGGCGGCGUCCCUGGCGGGCUGCUGCCGCUGACCGCUGCUCUGAGGCGGGCGCUGGACAUUGGCAGGGCAGACCUGCUAGCAGAUAUGGACACUGGGGAAGACGGCGUCACGGCAGCGGCGGCCGCUGGCAGCCUGGAUUCCUACCUUUAUGGGGACAUGCCAGACCUCAACAGCGGAAGAAACUCGUACCCCAAAGCCGACCAUAUUAACUUUGUCACCAGGCAAGGGCACUGCUAA